AUGGGAGAUCUGAAGAAGUUUGUCGAAGCUGUUUCUGUACUUCCAUUGGUUCAUUUACCUGGGCAGCGUUGCGCCUACAACCAAGCUGCUAGCUAUGCCAUUCUUGGCCGUAUCCUAGAGGCUACCGAUCCGAAAAAUCGUCACUUCAGAGAUCUUGUGCGAGAUGAGCUGUUUACGCCUUUGAAAAUGACUGAGGCAGCGAUUGGUCUUGCUUCAGACCACCCAAGGCGUGUUCCAGUCUCGUUCCACCCGAAGCACGUCACCACGAACAAUGAACAAACUCAGAAGUUGCUCAACACGGUAACCACCGACGGAAACGAAAUCCCAGCUGGAGGUGCGUACGGUACUGCGGAAGAUGUCUUCCAUUUUGCCGAGACAAUGCGUUUACGAGGAAACAAUGGAGAGCACCGGCUCAUCUCUAGAGCUCUUUUUGACUACGCUUGCCAAAACCACACCCGUACCUUGACAAACACGACCUGGGAUUUUGAAAAGGAGGCCAAGGGUUUUCCUGAGUAUCCAGCUCUUUUCAGCCUCCUUGGCGGUUACAUUCGUGGAGAGGGGCAUGUAUUCACGGGUGCAGGCUUCACGGCCUCUCCGCGUGCUUUCUACGCUGUUGGAGGCGGAAGCACAAUGUGGAUGGUCGACCCUGAUCGUGCUCUUACAUUUGUCUUCCUAAGUGCAGGGUUCAUUGAAGGCCUUGACAAUUUCUUCAAGUUACUCCAAAUGACUGCCAGUGGUUUAGCUUCGUCCUAUUCUAAAGUUCGCUCUGACUUGGUCACUGCUAUAAUGUACACCGGCGCUUCGGUGCCCAUCUGCAGAGCAACUUUCAAAUGGCUGAACUUUCUGCUGUUAUCAUUGCCAGUCUGGAACUUUUGCUUCUAUGGUACCCCCGGGAGUGAAUAUUAUUCCUCCCAGAAAUGA